UGAUUGGAAAAUAUCGAAGACGCGCACGCGCUAAUCCGAUGAUGAGUCUCUGUUACCGGGAGAGGGAGGGAGGAGGGGUCUGUAGGAAAAAAAAAGUAAAAAACUUGAAAAAAAAAAAAAAGAAAGCGUGAGUCCAGGGCGGGGAGCAUCUUUCGUGCUCACGCGCCUCGUCCCUUCUUCUUCUUCUGUUUCUCAUAUCUCACAUAUCAAUAAUUCAGGCGCGCGCGAGAGAGAGCAGACGGAGCUCCCCCUCCUCCUCCUCUUCUUCUUCCUCCCUCCGCGCGCUAUGAGUCCCGCUGCCUCGUCAGUCGUCCAGGGCCGCUCCGCACCGCGCACCGAGACACCGAGAGCCGCCGACAAGUGACCUGAACCGGGACGAAGAUCCCCAAAACCCUGCGGACUCGACUGGAGAUACGACGGUAAUAACAUUUCCGAGAAAACAACACGAGGAGAGCCCCCUGAAAACACGCCGUCCUGAGGAGUUUGCUGUUGGGCUAAUUUAAAAAAAAAAAAAAAAAAAAAAAAAAAAGAAAAAGCCAAGAAAACGGAGUGCGCUGUAGUUGUAAAACGAGCCUUUUUACCGAUAUUCGGGGGAAAACACCGGGAAACACUUCCUGCUGUACUCUUUUUUUUUAAAAUUACUUUUAACACAACACAAAAGGGAGAACAGACCCGCGGUUUCAGGUGCGAACAAGUUCACCGCUCCGGUCUCCGGCAUGUUGGCGUUUUGCCUGCUGAGCGCCGUGUGGCUCGCGGCGAGUCCGGCCCGCGCUCAGAACGAGACGGAACCGAUCGUCCUGGAGGGGAAGUGCCUGGUGGUGUGCGACUCCAACCCGACCUCGGACCCCACGGGCACGGCGCUCGGGAUCUCGGUGCGCUCCGGCAGCGCGAAGGUGGCGUUCUCCGCAGUCCGGAACACCAAUCACGAGCCCUCGGAGAUGAGCAACCGGACUAUGGUCAUCUACUUCGACCGGGUUCUAGUAAACGUUGGCAGGAAUUUUGACGAGGAGAGGAGUAAUUUCAUCGCGCCACGCAAGGGGAUUUACAGUUUUAACUUCCACGUAGUCAAAGUCUACAACCGCCAAACUAUACAGGUGAGCCUGAUGCACAACGGCUGGCCGGUGAUUUCAGCAUUUGCCGGUGACCAGGACGUGACGCGCGAGGCGGCCAGCAACGGUGUUCUGAUCCAGAUGGAGAAGGGAGACCGGGCCUACCUCAAACUGGAGAGAGGAAACCUAAUGGGAGGAUGGAAAUACUCCACCUUCUCUGGCUUCCUGGUGUUCCCCAUGUAGAGAGGAAGAGGAGGAGGAGGAGCAGGGGGGUGGAGACAAAGGAGGAGGAGCUGGUGGAAGGUGGAAAGUAUAACGGAGGCGAGGGAGGAAGAAGAAAAA